AUGGCGUCCAUCCGGGUCGCCAGUCUAUCAAUCGUCUUCGCUAUGCUGUCCAGUAGCUUUGUUUCGGCGCUUGCGGUGGGCGGCGUUGGCGACGCCGGCCUAGUCGUUGGGACUACCUGUGGUUCUCUUGGCUUGGUGAGUCGUUCUGCAAUGGUUUCAGCGUGUUCGGUGACUGUGCUCGUGUACUCAGCGUGGAUGGACAUCUCCUUCAGUAACUCUGCUGCACGUCCUAGCGCCUCCUCUAGGAGUAUCAUUUUGCGCAUGUUUUCGUCUCCCUUGUUCUUGUUCGGGCUGAACAGGUCUUCGAUGUCCUCAUUCAUUCUCAUGUCUGUGUUCUUUCUGGACGGCUUUGGGGUCGGCGACUCCAUACUCGCCUUGUCUACCUCCGUCUCGUUUUCCUCACAAUUUUCGGACUCGUAGGUCUGUUCUAUGCCUAUCAUGGCAGCUGUUGGUGGUUUAGGGGAUCUUCUGAUGGACUUAGCAAGCUUGUCGAGGACUGUGC